AUGUUUUGUUUAUCUCACAAUGGAGGAGCUGUUGUUGCAGUCACAGGAAAAAACUGUGUAGCAAUUGCAUCAGAUCGUAGAUUUGGUGUUGGUGCUCAAACAAUAUCAUGUAACUUUCAGAAAAUAUUUGAAAUGGGACCCCACUUAUAUGUCGGACUCCCUGGAUUAGCCACAGAUACCCAAACUGUAUAUCAAAGAUUGAGAUUUCGCCUUAAUUUAUAUGAAUUAAAAGAAGGAAGAAAAAUUGCCCCAAAAACAUUUUCUCAUAUGAUGUCUAAUUUGUUGUACGAGAGGAGAUUUGGGCCUUAUUUUGUGGAACCAGUUGUUGCUGGAUUAGAUCCUACUACUGGCAAACCAUUUGUUUGUAAUAUGGAUUUAAUCGGUUGUCCAAAUAUGCCUGAAGAUUUUGUCGUAGCAGGAACCUGUAGUGAACAAUUGUAUGGAAUGUGUGAAACUUUAUGGGAACCUAAUCUAGAACCUGAUGAAUUGUUUGAAGUUGUUUCGCAAGCUCUUGUAAAUGCAUGUGACAGAGAUGCUAUUUCUGGUUGGGGUGCAAUUGUUCAUGUUAUGUAA